CAAGUCCACAGUGACUACAAGUAAUUGAUCCAGUCCUAAAAGAAACAGCUUAGACAAAGGCGAUCAAAGCAUCUGGCCUCAGAAACCCUUAAUCCCAGAACUACUGAGUUGGAGACAGGCGUUACUUGGCCCUUUGGAGAAAGGAGCAAAUGGUAGGAGGACACAGGAAGCGAGAGCCUUUACCACUGAACAUUUAGGAAUUUAGUAUUAUCGUUUUAGCUGCGUAGAGGAAAGAUCUACUGUCUUGCCUGCUUUGGUUCUCUGAUCUUCAGUUUCAAGCUUGAGCUACACUAUUUGUCUCUGGAUAUUUAUUUUUCCUGAUAUGGGGAGAUUUACUACACAUCUGUAACUUUGAGCUGCUAAGACUCAUUUUGAACUAGAUUUUUGAAAUUGGAAUGUCCAGAGUUAAUUUGGGUCAAAGGUAGUGAUACAUUAUUUAUGGUUUUUAAAGCUUGACUGAGGAUUCACAAAAAGCAAAGUCAGCUACAAGCCUUAGCAGCCAGUCACAAACCACUGUCCAAGCUACUAGCAUCAUGGAGGAGUUGGAAAACACCUUUAAACCUAGGAAGCGGGAUUUACAGGUAGAGACAUCUUUGUGUUCAAGACCGACCGGAUGUACACAAGAGUCAAUCAGUCUACAGGAUCAGCAUACGUCCCACCCUUAAUCCCAUCAUCCAGGAAGUAUAUAAGACAGAAGGUAGGUCUCAGCAAAGCAUACGCUCUCCAAGCACUCUGAGAAGAGGAAGCAGUUUGAGACUUUGUGAGAGCUUCUGCUUGAUUCAUAUCUUGUAUCCUGAACUUACAGGUAAGAGAUAUUGUCCGGCCACUUGGCUUUUCUGACAUGCAGCUCAACAUUUGAAGCCUGAUAUUAGUCUCUGGCUCAUUUCUCAGUUCAUGUUACAUGUUACAUGUCUUCUUUGACAGGAAUUGCAUGUAUGCUUUCCAGAGGAAAACAGACACCAAAUAAAGGACAAACAAACUGCAAGCAAAGCACCCUGAGAGUUUGGGUCAAGAGGACACACUCUGAAUUCUAAGAGCCUGGGUAAAGGAGCUGAAGCAAGAACUCUAGUUGUGGGGCCUUACCCCUUCAAGGGCAAGGCAUACAUAACCCUAGUCUCUGAAGACCUGCCCACUUCUGGCCAAGCUUUAUCAAAGGAGACUGGAGAGCUCAGGACCUGAGUUCAUUUGUCCCAUUCCACAGUCAUAAGCCCUUGAAUUUGUGGGGCCCUACCCUCCAGCUGAUAUUUUCAGUUGGUUUGGGCAAACUUCAAGCAGAAGUCUAGUCCUUGUAUUUGAAUACCCACAAGGACAUUUAGCUCUCAAGACUGAAAUCUAUUUCAGCAAGAUGUUCAUGUUUCCACAAGCAUCUGAGGAACUUCCACAAGCAACACAGGAUCUUGGCCAAGCAAAUGCAGACUUCUUCGAGGAAUUACUUGAAGCCUAUGAGGAACAGGACAUAACCCCAAGUGUUUUCCAACCAGGACCCUGCUUUCCUCAGCCUGCUGAAAACAUGAUACCAAAUAGAGAUCUGAUGAUGACUCCUGAGGGAUAUCAGCCUUUUAAUGGUCACCAGGGGACAAACCAUGAAGACCAGAUGAGCCACUAUGGACAGAUGAGUCUGUACAGCAGUAACAGUCAGGGAAGUAUCCAGAGUGUUGAGCAUUACCCCAGUUGGUAUGAGACAUCAGCUUACAGAGGCAUCCAGUAUCCCUGUAUGGCUCCUCAGAUGACUAUUCCAGCAGCUAGCCAGCCUCUCUAUGACAGUGAGAUGCAGACUCCUAGAUUUUACAUGCCUCAACUAAGGAGCAUGCAGACAACAUUCAAUGCAGAGGACAACCUGUCCCAAUAUCAGGAAACAACUGCCAGGGUUGAAGUCCCGCCCUACAUGGGUCCAAUCCAGACAGCCUAUGUAGAUGAGAAUGUCUGCUCAAGUCAGAAGCCAUCACCCAAUGUUGAAGGAAGCCACAGUUCGCAGAGGACUUCAUUUGGUAACCAAACCCCAUAUGAGGACGUUUCCAUGGACUCUUCGGGUUCCUUUGUGAGCCAAAGUCACGCUCUGCAGAGCUUUUCAGUGUCCACUUCAGACCAGGCACAGCCUCCUAGACAGAAGUCGGACAUGGAGGCCCACCACAGUGUGGCCCAAAAGAAGUUCUUCUGUCCCUACCAAGAUUGUGAGAAAUCUUACACAAGGUCAUAUCACCUUAAAGACCAUCUCAAGAAACACCGUGGAGAGAAGCCCUUUGUGUGCAAUCAGCCUGGCUGUCAGUGGAGAUUUUUCCGCUCUGAAGAUCUCCGAAGACACCAAAGCAAACAUAGUGGGAUGCGACAGUACCCUUGUGCCAAGUGCAACAAGAAUUUUUCCAGAUUGAGUUACCUCAAACAGCACCAGAGGAUCUGUACUCAAGCUGGACCUAGCGCACGAAACUGACUGUCCACACACUAUAGCUUCCCGAAUAAAAUUGUGUUGUUUCCCAGUCUUAACAUCAGUGACAA